AGCCAGUUUGACUCAGGGGGUCAUAGGGCAGACAGAUCACUACUUGAGAGCAUCACCAUUCGAAGCACCAGGAUGGCUGCCGAGCUUGCUGGAACCAUGGCCGCGCUCAGCCUCGGGGAGACCGACAGCGGCAGCGAGUCCUCGACGGUGCAGUUCAAGGUGCCAGGAACCACCGCGUUCGAGAUCGAGCUCGACCGCGCGACGGCCGUCCGCGACGUGAAGAAGGCCGUGGCCGAGGAGAGCACCGUGAAGCCAGAGCACAUGAGGCUGAUCUACAAGGGCAAGGUGCUCAAGGACGCGCUCUCCCUCGAGGAGGAGGGCUACGACGGCACGGAGGCAGUGAGCGUCCACUUCACCGCCGGCCACACCGGCCUCGUCGGCGGCUCCCAGAAGCAGGAGGUGGUGCGCAACCCCUUCAACCCGCCGGUCCGCGGCAUCCCAGGCUCCAAGGGCAGCCGCACCUCCCGGAUGUCGGGCCGCCCCGGCGGCAUGGGCCUGAUCCGCAAGUACGGCAUCAUGAUGAAGCGCCAGGAGUUCCGCGCGAAAGGCCACCGAGAUCGGCUUCAUCAAGUACCGCUGAGGAGCCCCACGGCCUCGUAGGCCGGUCGAUCAGCAGCCGUCGCCCUGCCCAGCAUCUGCCCGUGCCUUUGGCGCAGGGAGCUCCUCCUCCAGCCCGCCCCCGCCGACGACGAUGCUCGCGCUUCGCGCGUCGCAGCCUGGACCGGAAAAUUGCCCCU